UUUAAUAAAACAGUAAUAAUUCAGAAGUAUUAGUUAACAAUUAAUUAAUAUAUAAUACAUUUUUAUUUUAUAAAAUAUAUAUAAAAGUUCUACCACAAGGUGGCGUUUUGAAAACAUUAUACAAAUAUGGCUGUCAGUUGAUGAUGAGCUAGUGCCUUGCUCCAAUUAGAAAACUGUUAAUGAGCACGAAACACGGAAAUAUAUUCAAAAUUUAGUAGCUACUGACUGAGGCAAUUUGCCAUGGAUAGUGAUGAAGAAGGUGAUAAUGAUCGAUUGACUUUAACUGGAUUCUUAUUUGGAAAUAUUGAUGAAUCUGGACAGUUAGAAAAUGAUGUUUUGGAUCCUGAAUCAAAAAGAAAUUUACAUCAAUUAAGACAAUUAGGUGGUAUAGGUACUCUUUUAAAAGAAAUUUCUGAAGAUAUUGAAAAUGAAUCGGAUCAUGGUAGAGAUCACUUAGAAGAUAAUGAUUCGCAGAAUUCUCAAAAUGAAGAAUGGGGAGAAAAAUCUCCAUCAGCAGUCGAUUAUUCAGAUAUCACUGAGCUAGCCGAAGAAACGGAAGAUCAAAAUAUAUAUAAGCAGAUGACUUUAUUAAGGGCUCCUGAAUCAGAUGGAGAUGACUAUGAUGCCGACUAUGAAGAUAACAAAAACUCAAAAGAUUUCAGACCCACUGAUGCCGAAUUAAUGCCUCCUCCGCCUGCUCCUUUUCGAAGAAAUCAACAUCAGUCAAAUUCCAGUGGCACUCAGUCAUUUCUGUCUUCGUCUCUUUCUUCUUCUGUAUCUUUGACUCCAUCAACAAUUCAGGCCACUUCCUCGAAUGAAAAUAAUAUUGAUUCUUUAUCUUCUGAAUCUUCAUGUUUGAAUCCAGAGAAAAGAGUAAAGAAACUCGACACUCCAUUGGCGGCAAUGUUACCUUCUAAAUAUGCUGAUCUCGAUGUAACUGAAUUGUUUCCAGAAUUUAGACACAGCCAAGUUUUACGAUUCUCUCGUCUGUUUGGGCCAGGGAAACCUUCCAGUUUGCCUCAGAUUUGGAGAGGCGUAAAAAAACGCAAGAAGAAAAAACAAACUGAUAGUGAACAAGCACCCGAACAAAAACAAAGCAAAGGUUGGGCUUUGGAUUUACCUGAACCGACACCCGAGAUGUGUGAAGUUAGUGACGAGGUAAAAUUAUUACAACCCGAAGAGCAAAAAGAUUCGCAUAGUAAAAGCGAAUCUUCAAAUACUACCGAUUUGUCACCAAAAGUUGCCGACUGGCGAUAUGGUCCGGCUCAGCUGUGGUAUGACAUGCUAAACUUGCCCGAAACCGGAGAAGGUUUCGGCUAUGGUUUCAAAUUAAAAGAGAAUGAUAUUGACGAAUUCAAUCUGGAAACAGGUCAACAAGCAGGAAAGUCUGAUGGUGAUGAAAGUCAAACCGAAAAUCCCGAAGAAGACUAUCCCGAUGACUGUUAUCAUAUGGUAACGCAAUUACCAUGGGAAGACGAUGUAGUUUGGAAUGGGGAAGAGAUUAAGCAAAAAGUUUUAGCUAAAUUGAAUAAUAAAAAUAAUGCUGCUGGUUGGGUCCCUUCAACUUUAAACAGAACUGCAUCAGCUUUCAGUCAGCAAGCCAAAAGUAUCAUAAGCCCAAUAGUAUCGGGCACAAUCCAAAAGCAGCCAACCCAAACAAGUACCUCUAAAAGCGGAAGCAAAAAUACCCAAAAUGUACCAAAGAUUGAAAUUGAGGAGAAAGACGAUACGUGGUAUUCGAUAUUUCCCGUUGAGAAUGAAGAACUCGUCUAUGGUUGUUGGGAAGACGAUGUCAUUUGGGAUACUCAGGCUGUCACUAAAUUGCCCGAGCCAAAAAUUCUAACUUUAGAUCCAAAUGAUGAAAAUAUUAUUCUCGGAAUUCCUGCCGAUCCAGAUCCUAAUCAACAAAGCAGUAGUGAGCCUGUCAAAGAAAAGAAGGACAUGGUUCGAAAAUCACGUAUUUUAUUGGGAAAAGCGGGAGUCAUAGCGGAACCAGAAUCUCCAAGUCCACCUCCGCCUCAAACUGUUGAAAAGGAUCAGUUCAAUAUAUCAAAUGAUGAAUAUUAUAAUCCAAAAAUGACUCAAGACAGUGCAUUAAAACCAAACGUUGGAGGUAAUUUAAUACAGCAUUCAAUUCCCGCUAUUGAACUUCGUGCUCCCUUCUUCCCGACGCACAUGGGUCCAUUAAAGCUUCGAAGUUUUCAUCGUCCAAUGCUAAAAAGAUAUUCGCACGGUCCAAUGUCUCAGCCAGGCACUCAUGGAGUAAUUCCUCUGCUUAAACACAUUAGAAGGAAAGCUAAGUUGCGGGAACAAGAAAGACAGGCAUCAGGAGGUGGAGAGAUGUUUUUCAUGAGAACUCCAGAAGAUCUGACAGGAAGAGAUGGCGAAAUUAUUCUUGCAGAGUAUUCUGAAGAGCACCCUCCUUUAGUUAUGCAAGUUGGCAUGGCUACAAAGAUAAAAAAUUAUUAUAAGAGGUUGCGGGAACAAGAAAGACAGGCAUCAGGAGGUGGAGAGAUGUUUUUCAUGAGAACUCCAGAAGAUCUGACAGGAAGAGAUGGCGAAAUUAUUCUUGCAGAGUAUUCUGAAGAGCACCCUCCUUUAGUUAUGCAAGUUGGCAUGGCUACAAAGAUAAAAAAUUAUUAUAAGAGGAAACCAGGAAAAGAUAUUGGAGCUCCGGAAUAUAAAUAUGGAGAAACUGCUUAUGCUCAUACCUCACCAUUUCUUGGUUCCUUGGCUCCUGGACAGAGUGUUCAAGCAUUUGAAAACAAUUUAUUUCGUGCACCUAUAUACGACCACGAAAUGCCCGAUACCGACUUUCUAAUCAUUCGAACGAGGCAACAUUACUACAUCCGAGAGAUCGAAACAAUAUACACAAUAGGCCAAGAGCUGCCGCUCUUUGAAGUUCCAGGUCCAAAUUCCAAAAAAGCAAAUAAUUUUAUCCGCGAUUUUCUUCAGGUUUUUAUCUACCGUUUAUUCUGGAAAAACAAAGAUACUCCUCGUCGUAUUAAAAUGGAAGACAUAAAGAAAGCUUUCCCAUCACAUUCCGAAAGCAGUAUUCGAAAACGUUUAAAACUAUGCGCCGAUUUUAAAAGGACUGGAAUGGAUUCUAAUUGGUGGGUUCUUAAACCCGAGUUCAGACUUCCGACCGAAGAAGAAAUAAGAGCAAUGGUUUCACCUGAACAGUGCUGUGCCUAUUACGGAAUGCUGGCUGCCGAACAAAGAUUAAAGGAUGCUGGUUACGGUGAAAAAUCUCUGUUUGCUCCCGAAGAAGAAAAUGAUGAAGAUAUGCAAAUGAAAAUGGAUGAUGAGGUGAAAACUGCUCCAUGGAAUACGACACGUGCUUUUAUAUCUGCCAUGAAAGGAAAAUGCCUUUUGCAACUAGCAGGAGUAGCUGAUCCAACAGGCUGUGGAGAGGGUUUUUCAUAUGUUAGAAUACCAAAUAAACCUCAACAAUCAAAAGAAGAAGGAAGCAGUCAACCUCCUGCAAAGAAAACUGUCACAGGUACAGAUGCAGAUUUGCGCCGAUUAUCCUUAAGCAAUGCAAAACAGUUAUUAAGGAAAUUUGGAGUUCCCGAAGAUGAGAUUAAAAAGCUCUCGCGUUGGGAAGUUAUCGAUGUUGUAAGGACUUUGUCGACGGAACAGGCAAAAGCUGGAGAAGAAGCAAUGAGUAAAUUUGCUAGAGGAAAUAGAUUUAGUAUUGCCGAGCAUCAGGAAAGAUAUAAAGAAGAGUGUCAAAGGAUAUUUGAAUUACAAAACAGAGUUUUGUCAUCGAAUGAAAUAUUGUCAUCAGAUGAAGAGUUUAGUUCUGAAGACGAUUCAGAUAUUGAAGAAAUGGGAAAAAAUAUAGAGAAUAUGUUGUCAAAUAAAAAAACUAGUUCUCAGCUCUCUCAUGAGCGAGAAGAGGCAGAAAGAAGAGAACUGCAAAAAUUAAUUAUGGGGGAAGAAAGUGUUGCUAAUGAUGAUAGAAAGAAGAGUAAAGAAAAACAGAAGGAAGACGACAAUGCUUCGGUAGCAAGUAUGGGUUCAAACUCGAGUGGAAGAAUUUUGAAAAUUUAUAGAACUUUCAAAUCUCAAGAAGGGAAAGAGUACGUGCGAAUAGAAACAGUAAGAAAGCCUGCCGUCAUCGAUACUUACGUUCGCAUUCGAACGACUAAAGAUCCAGCUUUUAUUAAACAGUUCGCAUCUACUCUUGAUGAACAUCAGAAGGAAGAAAUAAGAAAAGAAAGAAGAAGAAUACAGGAACAGUUAAGAAGAUUGAAAAGAAAUGCAGAGAAAGAGAGAUUAGCACCACCAAAGAAAAAACCAAAGAAAGAGCAACCUGUUCUGAAGCUAAAAUGUGGAGCUUGCGGAGCUAUUGGACAUAUGAGGACUAAUAAAACCUGUCCACUCUAUCAGCCUGCUGCACCCGUUCCUCCCGUUCAGGUAGCAAUGACUGAGGAACAAGAGGAGGAAGAGGAAAGAGCAGGAUUGGACGAUGACGAUCUAGUAAAAGUAGAUGAAACUAAAGUGGUUUUGUCGAAAACAUUAGUCAAGCAUGCAGAUGAAGUGAGAAGGAAGUCUUUGGUUCUUAAAUUUCCUAAAGAAGCUGUUUCCGUCAGGAAAAGGCGUCGAGCGGGUACCGUAGUUCAUUGCGAUUACCUUAAGAAACCAAAUAAGUCAGCAAACCGACGCAGGACUGAUCCUGUGGUAACUCUAGCAAUUAUUUUGGAAUCAAUUUUGAAUGAAAUGAGAGAUCUUCCUGAUACGCAACCUUUCUGGACUGCCGUAAACCCAAAAGUCGUUCCCGAUUACCAUAAUAUAGUAUCAAGACCAAUGGAUCUACAGAGAAUGCGCGAAAAGGUUCAUGAGCAUAAAUAUCAGAAUCGAGAGGAAUUUCUACAGGAUGUGAAUCAAAUUGUUGAAAACAGUACUCUCUAUAAUGGAGGAAAGAGUAUUUAUACUCAAACUGCCCAGAAAAUGUUUCAACUUUGCAUCAACCGGUUUGCCGAAAAAGAAGAGAAAUUAAUGAGACUCGAGAAGGCUAUUAAUCCACUUUUGGAUGAUGAUGAUCAAGUCGCCUUCUCAUACUUAUUAGAAAAUAUUGUCACACAGAAGUUGAAGACUAUUCCCGAAUCGUGGCCAUUCCAUCGCCCGGUUAAUAAAAAGUUUGUUAAAGAUUAUUAUAAAAUCAUUAAGAAUCCAAUUGAUUUGGAUACAGUAAUUAGGAAUAUCAAAGGACAUAAGUAUCAUAAUCGCGAAGACUUUUAUAAUGAUGUGGAAUUAUUAUGGAAGAACAGUUUAACAUUUAAUGGAGCUGAAAGUCAGUUUACCAGAAAAGCAAAAGAAAUAGUAGAAGCAUGCAGAGCUGCUCUUGACGAGCAAGACGAACAACUGACGCAACUGGAGCAUGCCAUUGCAGCCGUACAGGAAGCGGCUCUCGAUGCGGCCGAAACGGAUUCGGUCGUCACUGGAAAUUCUGCACCUCACGAAGACAGCAUGAUGAUGGAAGAUAAUACUAAAGAUGAAGAGAUGCAAGACAAGAUAUCUCAUAGUUUUAAUCAGGGUAAAGAUGAUCAAGAAUUUAUGGAAGGAGAUUAUGAAGAAGAAUCUAUGUCUUAUUAUCACCAAAGACAUACCGGCGAAGGUGACGACGGCAGCGUUCUUGCCAAAGAUCUACAAAUAACUCCUGAGAAUUCAGAUAACGAAGGCAGCGAUUUGGGCAUCAGCGAGAGUGAUGAAGAAGGAAGAGAAAUGUCCGACUUGGUGGAACAAGAAAACAGUCUGAUUGUGGUGGAAGAUGGUAACAUCGCGUAUCAGGAGGAAUCUGUCAAUGUAGAUAAUGAAGUCAUCGACGAAAAUUACGAUCCUUCUGAUUUUCUCCUGAGAGGGCAGUAUGAAUUUCAGCAGAAUAAAGAAGAGAUGCAGAUCGAGAAUACUGAGAACGUUAUAACGAACGACCUGGCCGUCUCGGACUCUGAGGAAGAGAUGGCUGUCAGACAGGAUUCUUCAGAUAGAAAUGAAGACGAAGAAGUAGAUCUUUGGUUUUAAUUAUUUAGUUUCGUGUGACCUUUGUCUUAAUGUCUAGGUAUCUUAUCAGUUAAAACCAAAGUCUUGGUACAUUGAGAAUUAUAAACAUGACUUCAACACUUCAAAAACACAUGAAACCUGGAUUUUAACAUCUAAUGUAUUCAAAAACAUACAACAGAAUACUACCAAAUUACCAUCAAAACCCAUCCAUAUAAGAUUUUAAUGUAUAUAAUCUCAUUUUAUUUAUCAAAAAUUCUACUGCGAUACAAAAAACAUGAGCAUAAUUUUUAAAAUUAGGACGGAGAGUCGCGCUUUAUGCUCUUCUUCAUUUGAUAUGUUUAGUUUACAUAAGUCCUCUCAAUGCCGUUUUUAUACAUUAUAAUCUUGAUAAAUUGUCAUGGAUAUAAUGUAUAAAAACUGCAAGAUUGCUUGAGGAACCAGUGGCAAAAACAUGUUAAUGUUAUCGCAUACGAAUAUGUACAUAACUAUAACUUUUUUGGUAAUAUUUUAUUUGAGAGUUGUCUAGUAUAGAAGAUUAGACAAAAUGAUUUCAACAUUAUAUCCAUGACAAAAACUGUUAUCAAAAUCCUUACCGUAAUUUGGUUGGACUUCACUUGGCAGUUGAAUUUGCACGCCACAUUCUCUAAUCUGUCGACCAAUCUAUCCAUGAAAUCUAAUUAUUUCUACAAAUUUCUCCAAUCUCAGUCUUUAUAACUAGCCCCAAAAACUGCAUGACAAAGUUGUCUCCUGUGAAAAUCAUUUUGACUGAUCUUGUAUAUGUUUUUGGGAAUUGGAUACGUACGUGAACUUCAUUUUUUAUGGUUUUAAGAUUUUAAAAAAACAAACUAUUAAGAAAUCAUAAGAAACAUUUUAAAUUGUUAUGAUUUCCUGUACGUCAGUCUGAGCUUUGUACAUUUGCAGAAAUCAACUGUGAUGUUUUUUAGUACCAAUUAUUGUUUUAACAAUAAAAUUGUUCCAUAUACAUGUAUCUAGAGUACAUUAUUUAACAUUUACAUCCACUUUUAGGAAGUAGAAAUUCAGAAAAAUAUCCAAAACAGUU